UAAACAGGCAAGCCACCCCUACAGCGUCGAGCGGAUGAAACUGUCACUCAAGGCGAAACGUGAGAGUUGAUUUUCAGCAAGACCGGCAGCAGAACUGUACCAGUCGUGUCAGAUAGAGGAGAGGCAGUGUGAGGUGCACGUGAGACAUUGUGACUUAUAUUUCAGGCAUUAUAAAAUUCAACUGGAAUAUCCUUGACCAUUUCUUGCUCAAAAAAGCCUGUCACAUAACAAUGAGGCCGUAAAUAUCACCUCGCUCCAAGAUUUCUCAUUAAUAUUCCAUUUGAAGCACGUGACUUUAAAGAAGAGAUUUUAAGGUUCUUCAGGCACGUUUCCUGCCCUUCAUCCCAAACCAAAAAAGGCAUUUCACCCCUUAGGAACGAUUGACUUAUCAAAUGCCCAAAAACAGCAAAUCCGUCAAGAGAGAGCUUGACGAUGAUGUCAUUGAAUCUGCCAAAGAUUUGCUUUCCAACGAGGAUGCAUGUGAUGAGCCGUUUCAGAAGAGCAUGGUGAGUGUGAAAAACGCAGCCGGCUGUGAGGAGCGGCACGUGAAGGAAGGCUCUGUUGAUCCCGAAGAGGAAGAGGAGGAAGAUGAAGGCGAGGAGAGGCCCGCAUGGAGCAGCAAGCUCCAGUACAUCCUCGCACAGGUGGGCUUCUCAGUGGGCCUUGGCAACGUCUGGAGAUUCCCAUACAUGUGCCAGAAGAACGGAGGUGGAGCCUACCUGGUGCCCUACUUCAUCUUGCUUGUGGCGAUUGGGAUCCCGCUGUUCUUCCUGGAGCUGGCUGUGGGCCAGCGCAUCCGUCGCGGCAGCAUCGGCGUCUGGAACUACAUCAGCCCUCGACUGGGUGGCAUCGGCUUUGCCAGCUGUGUGGUGUGCUUCUUUGUGGCACUUUAUUACAAUGUCAUCAUCGGGUGGAGUCUGUUCUACUUCUCACAGUCAUUUCAGCAGCCUCUUCCCUGGCACGAGUGUCCUCUGAUCAAAAACAACAGCACCACAUAUGUGGUGCCUGAGUGCGAGAAGAGCUCGGCCACUACCUACUACUGGUACCGUGAGGCUCUGGAUAUAUCCAACUCCAUCUCAGAGAGCGGAGGACUCAAUUGGAAGAUGACGUCGUGCCUGCUGGCUGCGUGGUCCAUGGUGUGUCUGGCCAUGAUCAAAGGUAUCCAGUCCUCAGGGAAGGUGAUGUACUUCAGCUCCCUCUUCCCGUAUGUGGUGCUAAUCUGUUUCCUGGUGAGAGCCCUCCUACUGAAAGGUUCUGUGGAUGGCAUCAUCCACAUGUUCACCCCCAAGUUGGAGAUCAUGCUGGAGCCUCAAGUGUGGCGUGAAGCUGCUUCACAGGUGUUCUUCGCUCUCGGCCUGGGUUUCGGUGGCGUCAUUGCCUUCUCCAGUUACAACAAGCGCAGCAACAACUGCCAUUUUGACGCCGUUCUCGUCUCUUUCAUCAACUUCUUCACGUCUGUGCUGGCCACACUGGUGGUGUUCGCCGUGCUCGGCUUUAAAGCCAAUAUCAUGAAUGACAAGUGUGUCGAACUAAACGCAAAAAAGAUUGUUGGAUACCUAGGCAACGAGAUAAGUCCUAACUUAAUUCCGCAUCACAUCAACUUAAGUCAAAUGAGCACAGAAGACUACCAGCAGAUGACCAGCAUCAUCCAUGGCGUGAUGGAGGGCGAUUACCCUCGCCUGGGCCUGGACAGCUGUUCUCUAAAAGAGGAGCUCAACAAGGCAGUGCAGGGUACAGGACUUGCCUUCAUCGCCUUCACUGAAGCCAUGACCCACUUCCCUGCCUCUCCUUUCUGGUCAGUCAUGUUCUUCCUCAUGUUGGUGAACCUGGGGCUGGGCAGCAUGUUUGGCACAAUCGAGGGUAUCAUAACACCCCUCGUGGACACUUUUAAAGUACGCAAGGAAUACCUGACAGUCGGCUGCUGUUUCCUGGCAUUCAGUAUUGGUCUAAUUUUUGUCCAGCGGUCAGGCAACUACUUUGUGGCCAUGUUUGAUGACUACUCUGCUACGCUGCCCCUCCUCAUUGUAGUUCUUCUGGAAAACGUGGCUGUAGCCUGGGUUUAUGGCACUGAAAAGUUUUUCGAGGAUCUAAAGGACAUGCUGGGUUUCACUCCGUUCCGUUAUUAUUACUACAUGUGGAAGUAUAUUACUCCUCUGCUGCUGCUUGCCCUGCUGACUGCUAGUGCCAUCCAGCUGGGCACAAGUCCUCCAAGAUACAGAGCCUGGAUCCAGGAGCUGGCUCAAGACCAAUCACUCAGUUAUCCUCCAUGGGGCCUGGCUGUCUGCAUCACGCUAGUGAUCGCUGCUAUUUUGCCUGUCCCUGUGGUGUUGGUGUUGCGAUAUUUCAACCUGAUUGACGAGAAGUCUUGUGGCGCGUCCGCCGCCAUCUACAAGAAGGGCCGGAUCAUUAAAGAGAGUGUUCACAGAAAAAGGCAAGAGGACGAGGGAGAUGACACCAGUCUCCUUCAGGGAAAGACACCAAGGGAGACUCCUUCUCCCGUGCCGCCUAAUAGUAUGUACCACAGGGAGAGUAGCACCAUAGCUCAAGCAGAGCCCGCCUCCAAUGGCCACUUCAGCAUCGGAUAUCUCAUGGCCGACAUGCCAGAUAUGCCAGAAUCUGAUUUAUGAAGGCAAGUCAUGUUUUGUUCCUGUCAGAGCUCAAGUUCAGGGCUUACAUGUGAACAUAAAUCAGUACAUUUGCCAGUCCACAGCAUCUGUGCAACAAGUUAACAAUCCAUCUCACCUGUAUUACCACAAAUCUUCACCCUCACCCUUCAGUGUAACUCCCUUCCCCACCUCAUUAUGUUGUUAUGAAAAACAGUAUUUCAUCUAUAGAUAUCGUAGACACACCCGUGGCCCUAAACAUUGCCCACGGUUUGCGCACUCCCUUUCUUUUCCUGUCACCUCUCUGAUCAAUGGAGAUCUAUAACCUCUGGGUUUCAUUCUGUAAAUAAUGAUCAUGUCUGCAGUAAGAAUAGUCGCUGUCCAUCACUAACAAGAUUAGAAACAGUUUAGCAGCUUCUGAAGCACUUAGAAUGUACUGUAAGCAUCAAAUGUGAAAAUAAACAUGCAAUAUUACUUUGAUUUGGCAAAAUUAUAGUUAUAAUAUGCACCGUAUGAAUGAACUGUACAACCUAAAAAUGACUGUUCAAAUAAUGUGUGCCUAAUAAUUUGUUUAUACAAUGUGGCUGUUGUACAUUUAAGGUAUGUUGUAAAUAUAUAUUAUAUUUAUCUGAUAGUUUGGAUAUCAAAACAUGUAUUUGGUAUAAAAUGCUCAAAACCCCAAAUGCCAUCUCUCUCUCUCUCUCUCUCUCUCUCUCUCUCUCUCUCUGUUUAUGUAAUGUCACUCUAUGGCUAUGUGACAGUUUUAACUGUAAAUAUAAUUUUCCUUAAAUGCUUUGACCUCUUUUUCAACAUUACAAUUAAAAAUG